CGCUUCCGGUGUGCGGCGCGGCACGGCACUGCGCGGCGCAUGCGCGCGGAGCCCGGCGUCAGCUGAUCCAGCGCCUCCUUUGCCGCCGCCGGAGGGACUCGGGUGGAUUUGGGCGCGCCGGGCCGGCCCAGUUGAACAGGUAAAAUGGACUUCUCAAAACUCCCCAAAAUCCGUGACGAGGACAGAGAGGCUUUUGUUGGCUAUGUUUAUGGAGUCUCGGGACCUGUGGUCACGGCCUGCAACAUGGCCGGUGCUGCCAUGUACGAGCUGGUACGAGUAGGACACAGUGAGCUGGUGGGGGAGAUUAUCCGGCUGGAAGGCGAUCUGGCAACUGUCCAGGUGUAUGAAGAAACGUCUGGUGUCUCUGUAGGAGAUCCUGUGCUCCGUACUGGGAAGCCCCUAUCAGUGGAACUGGGGCCUGGCAUUAUGGGGGCUAUUUUUGAUGGUAUCCAGAGACCUCUCUUGGACAUCAGCACUCUGACCAAAAGUAUCUACAUCCCUAGAGGUGUCAACGUGUCAGCUUUGAGCCGAGAUAUCAAAUGGGACUUCACACCUUCCAAGAAUCUGCGGGUUGGCAGCCACAUCACUGGUGGAGAUAUUUAUGGUGUGGUGAAUGAAAACUCCCUGAUCAAACACAAAAUCAUGCUGCCCCCACGAAAUAGGGGUACAGUUACAUACAUUGCUCCUCCAGGAAACUAUGACACUUCAGAUGUUGUGUUAGAGCUGGAGUUUGAAGGUGUGAAGGAGAAGUUCACUAUGGUGCAGGUGUGGCCUGUACGUCAAGUCCGUCCUGUUACUGAGAAGUUACCAGCCAAUCAUCCUUUAUUAACCGGCCAACGAGUCCUGGAUGCCCUCUUUCCGUGUGUACAAGGAGGUACAACAGCCAUUCCUGGGGCAUUUGGUUGUGGAAAGACCGUGAUCUCACAGUCUCUUUCAAAGUACUCCAACAGUGAUGUCAUCAUUUAUGUAGGCUGUGGAGAACGAGGAAAUGAAAUGUCUGAAGUACUGAGAGAUUUUCCUGAGUUAACAAUGGAAGUUGAUGGCAAGGUAGAAAGCAUCAUGAAGAGAACAGCUCUGGUAGCAAAUACUUCCAACAUGCCUGUGGCUGCCAGAGAAGCCUCCAUCUAUACUGGAAUCACCCUGUCCGAGUAUUUCCGGGAUAUGGGCUACCAUGUCAGUAUGAUGGCAGACUCUACUUCCCGAUGGGCUGAGGCCCUCAGGGAAAUCUCAGGGCGACUGGCUGAAAUGCCAGCUGACAGCGGUUAUCCAGCCUACCUCAGUGCCCGUCUGGCCUCUUUCUAUGAGCGAGCCGGGAGAGUGAAGUGUCUGGGAAAUCCUGAGAGGGAAGGCAGUGUCAGCAUUGUUGGAGCUGUCUCUCCCCCAGGUGGUGACUUCUCUGAUCCUGUCACAUCUGCUACCCUGGGCAUUGUUCAGGUUUUCUGGGGCCUGGAUAAGAAGCUGGCACAGCGCAAGCACUUCCCAUCUGUGAACUGGCUGAUCAGCUACAGCAAAUACACGCGAGCCCUGGAUGAGUACUACGACAAGCAUUUCACAGAAUUUGUUCCUCUAAGGACAAAGGCCAAAGAGAUCCUACAGGAGGAAGAGGACCUUGCAGAGAUUGUGCAGCUUGUGGGGAAGGCUUCCUUGGCAGAAACGGAUAAAAUUACCUUGGAGGUUGCCAAGCUGAUAAAAGAUGACUUCUUGCAGCAGAAUGGCUACACGCCUUAUGACAGGUUCUGCCCUUUCUAUAAAACAGUGGGAAUGCUUUCCAACAUGAUUGCAUUCUAUGACAUGGCACGCCGUGCUGUAGAAACCACAGCUCAGAGUGACAAUAAGAUCACAUGGUCCAUCAUCCGAGAGAACAUGAGUGAAAUCCUCUACAGACUUACCUCCAUGAAGUUCAAGGACCCUGUCAAAGAUGGUGAAACAAAAAUCAAGGCGGACUAUGCUCAGCUGUUUGAGGAUAUGCAGAAUGCAUUUCGCAGUCUGGAAGACUAGACUCCACCUCUGUAACCACUCCAGUUUGUCCUCUCAGUUCCUCAUCUCAGCUCCUCUGCUUCCCUACCUUACAAGAAUGAUGCAACAGUACUUGAGUUGAUAAAUAAUCUUGUGUUUCCCCUGUUCAUACUCAGAGAGUGUCUUUACAAAAAAACAUUCCUCUUAGUUUGUAUUUGUCAUUGCUUUGUGCAUCUGAAGUGGUGAGUGAUGUGUGAAUGGGCCUGGCUGAGUGAAGAAAUGCUGUUGUACACUUCUGGGGUAGGGAAAAAAUUCACCUUUCCUCUCCCAGCUCUCGUGGUAAGCAGUUGAGCUGCACUGGCAGAGGAGGUGUAGGUCUUCAUGCAGUCAUGCAGUACAUUGCGAGCUGUGGGAAGGGCAUUUACACCUGCCACUUUGCUAAGUGACUAUCAGACGUAGAACUCCCUGUUCUCAAACAGAACUUUUGACCACACUCUGAUGACAUGUUGAUACAGCCAAAAAUUCUUCACUACUCUGUCAUUUCUGAGUCUCUCAGCUGAGUCUUUUGGUAUUGAAAUGUGGUAGUUCUGGUCCUCUCCAAGAAGGGACUAACUAGAUGAGCAUGUACAAGCGACUUGGUAUAAUUUUGUACACUGGAGUGCUCAGCUUCCAGCAGAAUUUUACCUUCUUGGCUCACAUUUAUCCCAUAAAAUUUCCUGACACACAGCUGCUUUACCUUGUGAAGCUUGUGACUGCUGCCAUGUACUGCUGGGCAUGGUUGGCAAGGUACAGUGAUGCCACAUGUGCUGACCACAGCAUGGUCCUUCCUUGGUGGUGCUCUGCCAGUGCAGUUGCCCCCAGUGCAAUGCCCAGGUUAUGCCAAGGAAAGGAAAGCAGGUGCUUAGCCUCCUUCCUUCACCUGUGCUCACAUGGCCUGUUGGGUGGUGGCACAGAAAGUCCCCAGUUCUUGUGUAAGAGGAAUGUAUGAUGCUCAGCUGAGGGCAGGGGAUGAAUGGGGAAGGUUGAUGAGUACAAAAUGUAUUUACUCCUGCCUUGUUGAUUACGAUGCAAGAGAAACCAGUGGCUCUGAUCUUCUACUCUGUGCUCUGGAAGCGCUCUGUCAAGCAGCUGAAACUGCUGUCUCUUGGGCUUUUUUAUUGGUAAAACUAGACUAAGAUGAGGAAUGAGCAGAGUGCAGCCUUUCUGUCAAACUCCCCGAGCCCAGCACUCAUCCCAUUGCUCUAGAGUGCAAGAGAGAGAGAUGCUGGCAUCCUCUCCAGUCUCUCCCUCUCAACUGUGUCAGGUGGCAUCCUGUGCCCAGCUGGGUUCCAGUUGCUACCUACCGCUUUGUUAGUUCUGAGACAGCACCUGUUGUUGGUGACACAGUGCCUAUGUCAGCAUUAAUUCUGCACUGAAGUAUUUCCACCGGCACCAGCUUUGAACAGUAGUGAUACAAAGGGAUCUUGUGCUAUGGACCAAAUGCUGCCACUUCCAUUAUGGUAUCAACCCACUGUUUGUCAGGGGAGAGCCCAGCUGAAACUUGAAGGGAUUGAGUAUUUUUGGUUCUCCUGAAAAGAAACUGCUCCUCCAGCUGAUAUUCUGGUAGUGAACGCUUACGUUUACAGCUCACUAAAUUUUUGGUGAAUGCUGCUUAUUUUAUCAAUGAGCAUGUGUGAAUGAGUAGUCACCAUCCGAGCCCUUGCUGGGCUCAUCAUUUGUACCCUUCACCACUGUACAAUGUAGCAUUUCAUGCUAGAAACCAGAUGUUCUUAUCUCUUUAAAUAGAGGAUGUUAUAAACUUUACAAAAGAUGUCUAAGAUAAUGCAGUUCUAAUAUUUAUUGUGCUGUACCUGGCCCUGAAGUGUGACCAGUUCAAAGUUUCAUAUAUAUUUUUGUCCUUUUUGUGUCUGUUUUCAGUGUUGAGAUUCCGAUGUUCACUGUGUCCUGCGAGUCUUCCUUCCACAGCUGUGGAAGGAAUUACAACAUGGGCAGAACCCCACCACAUGCUUUAUCUUGUAUAUUUCAUAAU